UUUCUUUUUUGUUUAUUUUCGUUUGCAAUGGAAUUCGUCUCAAUACAGUUCGAUGAUAUGAUCCGAAAUUUAAAAUAGUAUUUAGUGAACUUUCCUACCAGUCAAUGUCACUAGGUAUUUAAAUCAGUUAAAAUUUAUUUCGAUAAUUUGUGUGUUAUUGUUAGUUACUAUGGUAUACACGCUUAGGCAAAGAAUUGAAAUGAUUUUUAUUUAUGGCGAGCAAGGAAGAUGCGCAAGAAGAACGGCAGAAGUUUUUAAUAAUAGAAAUCCUAAUUGUAAUGUAAGUCACAGAUACAUUUUGGACGUAGUAGCUAAAUUUAAUGAAACGGGUUCAGUUGGAAACAAAAAAAGGGCAAGUCGGCGUGUUUUAAACGAAGAUGCUCAAGUAGAGAUUUUGGGAACAUUCGUUGCAGAACCCACCAAUUCUCUCCGUACAGUAGCACGUCUAACUGGAAUGUCACAUGAAACUGUACGACGAGCAUUACAGUUACAUAAAUAUCAUCCGUACAAGAUGCAAAUUUUACAGGAACUUCAUGAGGACGAUUUUGAUAGGAGAAUAGAGUUUUGCGAAAUUAUGUCCAACUUAAUAAACACUCGUGCAAUUGUGAGAGGGUGCUACACAGCGGCCACAAAAAAUUAAUGUUUGGGCCGGUAUUCUUGGAAAUGCUGUUAUAGGACCGUUGUUUAUUGAACAAAACUUAACUGGAGAGCUCUACUUACACCUACUUGAAGAUGUAAUUGAUCCUUUGAUAACAACUGAACUGGAAAAUCAAGUUGGUAACAUUUUGCAAG